CUGAUGGCUCACUCAAGAUGAAAAGGCCAUAGGAGAUAUGCAUCGGUUCUUCUUCGCAUUUGGUUCUGGUGCUCGGAGCUGCAUAGGAAGAAACAUCAGCUGGAUGGAGAUGUCCAAGCUUAUCCCUACGCUGUUCAUGCGGUAUGACCUCACUCUAGCUGAUGCCAAUGCUGAAUUGACGGAGAAAUGCUGGUGGUUUGUCAUUCAGAAAGGGCUAUAUGUGAAUGUCCGGAGGAGGCAAGAGACAAAGGAGGUUCCACGUAGAGCCUGGUUUGAUUAGACUGUUGAGGCUUCAACCACCUUUUCGCAACUAAGUCAAGAAUCCUAGCUCUUGGCACUUGAGUGGAGGAAUAGCAAGGGAGUUACUAGCAUCUGGCUCUUAUUGCCUGGGAAGCCUUAGCUGGCAUGGAUUCAUCUGGAGCAGGAGGUAACUAAACAGGAUGAUGGCAAUCUGACUUGAAACCGU